AUGUUUUACUGCAGCCGAGAUCCUGCCAAAGCGUCCAACUGUAGUAAAAGUAGCAGCACUUCGGCAAAGUCUCAUGGACCCUAUCACCAACCAUACUCGCUACUGGACAUUACUGCCCGAAUCGUCGCCCAGAAUGAACCAUUCCAGAAGAUCGAGGAACGGUACGACCGGAUCCCGGAACCGGUUCAAAGGCGCAUUGUGUUUUGGUCCUUUCCACGCAAUGAAAAGGACAUCUGCAUGUACAGUUCCCUGUCAAGGGUUUCUUCCAUUAACUCGGUGGAAUCGCAAAGCCUUAGCUUCUGUACCGGAUUGAAGUUGGUUGAAACGGGCUGUGUGGAGAACGUCCUUCAGGUGGGCUUCCAUCUAAGCGGAAUCGUGUGGUCACACCCACCGAACCAAAUCGAACGUCACAUCAGCGGACACAACGUAGCCGGCUCGUCUUCCGGAAGCCGCAAUAAUGAGCUAGGCUAUCCACUGCCACCGGCAAACCAGAAUAUAUACAACAAUUACCAUCAUCAUAAUCAUCAUCAGCAGCCGCAUCAUCAUCAUGCACAUCAGCAUCAUCCUGCCCACCAUCACCACCAGCAGCAACAGCACCAUCCACACCCAAACCAUCAUGCUCCGCCACUGUCCCCACCACCGCCGGCACCGGCUAUGGUGCAUCAAGUGCAACCACAGGGUGGUGCAGCGGGGGGUGGUGGGCCGGGACCGGGUGUUGGUAUCCAGGUGGCGGCUGCUGCAGCUGUAGCAGCUGCGGCAGCCGCGGCCGCGGCUGCUGGCGUGCCACCGCCCCCGGGUGGCGCACAUAUGGUGGUGGUAGCACAACCGCCAAUCGGUAUGGCUGCCGCUCAGCAACUGCCUCCAAAUGGGCAGCAGCCUUUCAACGGUGCCAAUAUGGAUCAUCGCGAUGCAUUUAAUAACAUCACGAUCGGUGGACAGGGAGCUUCCAAUGGGACAGGAAUGGAAGAAAAUAAGAAAUUCAAAGUAUCCGUUAGUUUCGAUCGAUGCAAAAUAACAUCCGUGACAUGCAGCUGCGAUACAAAGGAUAUAUUUUGGUGCCAUCACGUGGUCGCCUUAGCCCUGUACCGAAUACGAAACGCUGAUUCGGUGAAACUACGAGUUCCUAUUUCCGAGACGCUGCUCCAGAUGAACCGGCAACAGUUACAAAAGUUCAUCCAAUACCUGAUCGCCGAACAUCACACGGAGGUGUUGCCGACGGCACAGCGGUUGGCGGACGAGAUUUUGCAGCAACGCUCGGAAAUCAAUUCCAUCUGUGGUGCACCAGACCCUACCGCCGGUGCUUCCAAGGAUGAUGACCAUUCGUGGCAUCUGGAUGAAACGCAGGUUUGCGAAGCGGUCAAGACGUAUCUUGGCCAGGGUAGCUACUACUACAGCAGCAAGCAUUUGAAUUCAUUGUUCGGCAAGGUACGAGAAAUGUUACGUGCGCAAGACUCGAAUGGUGCCCGUAUGCUGACACUGAUUACGGAGCAGUUCCUAAGCGAUCCACGACUGGUGUUGUGGAAAAACCAUGGCACACCAAUGACGGAAAAAUGUCGCCAACUGUGGGAUCAACUCGGUGCCUUGUGGGUGUGCAUAGUGUUGAACCCGAAAUCAUCACACGGAGAACGAAUGCACUGGAAAUCGCUGCUAGAGAAGUGGUCCAAAAGUGAUGUGUGCCCACAAGAGGACCCGGACUUGCGGACGUCUCCCUCAUCCAGCCGUGAGAGCGUACGCGAUAGAUCGAAUCGAGAAAGGGAGCGCGAUCGAAACAGAUUCUUUCGCGAGAAUAAUCUACGCAAUAUGAUGUACUACAAUCACCACCAUCAGCCACACCAGCACCAACAGCAGCACAAUAAUCAACCUAACGGUGGAGGUGGUCACGACAAUCCGAAUCGCAAUCACUACAAUCAUCGCUACGGUGCCAUGAAGCAUCGCAAUGGAGAUAAUGCGAACCGAGGUGGCAAUAAUCAUCACAACGACCAGUACGAUAGCUCCGAGACGGAUUCCGAUUCCGAUGAUGAGAUGGAUGAUGCGAACGAGGAUGAGGGUGCUGGUAACAAUGGGCAGGACGAAGAGGAAGACGGCAAUGAGAAUGGCGGGGCAAUCAAUGAUCAUGAUGACGAAGACGACCACCAUCAUGAGGAUGACGAAGCGGAUAGGCGCAGAGAAGACGAAAACGGUAUGGAGGAAGAUGUAGUCGAUCAAGUGCAUAAUAUUCUACAGGACAUUAACUUUGCCGAUGGAGCGGAGCCGGGUCCGAGUAGGGAGCAUCGGGACGAAGAUAGAGAGGUACGCGAUUUCAUGAACCUCAACCUGAUGAAUGUUCAGGAAGAAGAACAUCGGUUGCCAGAAAUGAUGCCAGAAAAUGACGAUAGCUCACGAGAAUCGAUGGAUGUUGAUGGGGCUGGUAUCGGUACUUCGUCGUCCAGUGGCGUCGUCGGUAGAGUAACUGGAACCGUCAGUAGUGGUGGUGCUGGUGGUAGCUCCAAAUCUGGAACAGGAAAUGUGGGUUUCUUCCAGAGUCCGUGCAUCUGUGGGGAGGAUAAAUGCGAAUGCAAUCGGCCAGUAUUUUUGGACGAUAUCAAGCCGAAGAAAUUCUUCGACUGUGUCGCAGCGGCUGGUGGUAGCAGUGUAUCAAUAGCGACCAGUGUCGGUGCGCGUAAUUUCGAUGUGAACGAAGAUGCCAAUCAGGAUUGCAUUGAGCUAUCGAAGGAUAUCGAUAUGGCGGUAACGAGUGGAACGUCUACCGUUGGUACAUUGAAGCUGCGGUCGAGCGAUGAAGCAAUCGAAACGAUUGCCGGAACUUCUUUCUCGUCCUCGUCCUCAUCCUCUUCCUCCUCCAAUUCGUCGAUGGUUGAUGAUCACCAGAAAGAGGUAGAGCUGGACUUUGAGAAACCCGGACCAUCGGGAUUGAAUCAUCGCCGUAUCGAUCCUUUAGAGGUAGAAACGAAUCCCCCUUCUGGAAUGUCUUCCAACUCAGCUUUAAAUAACGAUGCUACCCGUCUGGCACACGAUGAUUGCGAUGAAUGUGAAGAACAAGACAAAAACAAACCCGUGUGCAAAAAAGCAACCGAAGACGAUUAUGAAGCGGGACCCAGCACGAUUUCUUCUUCCCAUGCGGUUAAGAAAGCAAAGGAAUCAACAGCAAAGGAUGAUGUGGAUGAAAUGGAUCUGGACCCGGAAGCUGGACCCAGCUCAAGGCGCAUUAGCACGGACGACGGAUCAGCGGUGGCCGGUGGUUCGGGUUUGAACGGCAAUGCAUCCGUGGAAGCGCGCGUUAAGCCGGUAAAUGUUGGUGAUGGAAACGCGGCUGGUAGCGGACGUCCAUGUAAGCGUCUCAAGCUAAACAAUGGUUCGUGGGUGAGCAAAAAUGGAAACAAAACACCUCGUACCAUUUUCCAUAAAGCGCUCGAUGCAGUGAACAUGUCGUGGGAAAAUGAACACCUGAAACGCAUCCUAGAGUCCGACAGUUAUAAGCUUUCCAGUCGCAAUUCGGUGCAAAUUGCCGGUUCUAGUAAGGCCCCGGUAGCGAACCACCCGAGCGUAAAGUCUAACUUCAAUGCAAACGGUCAGCCGUUAUGGCACGAGAAGAUUUCUAUGACGGCAGCUAGAAUCGAUUCGUUGCGUUCGCAUGGUCACAUGGAAGCCGCACUCAGACUGUCGGUCAGCGUUGUACGAACGAUGCGUGAAAUUCAGCGCGAAGCGCAAGCACUAUGGCUUCGUCACAAACCAAAGUUACCUCCCACUCAAGCAAGCAAUGUGGAACAGCCCGUUCCGGGACCUUCCAAUUCCGGUGCAGGUUCUUCAAACGCGGCAGGGCCUCGCUGUAAUUGUGGGCCUUCGAAGGUUACACCAGCAGAGUCGUCAUCGUGCAGAAAAGAGUCCAGCGCCACGAAACAUAUGCACCAUUCCCUGUUACCUCCGCCUCCGCCACCGUUACCAUCAUCUUCAUCCGCUUCAAUUCAGCAGCAGCAAAUUAUGCAGCAACAUCAACAGCACCAGCAACAUCCAAGUCAGCAUCAUCAUCAGCAUCAGCAUUUGUUGCAACAGCAACACCAACCACAGGCAUCCACAUCCUCUGGAAUAAAGGCUGGAUGCCAGUGCCAGUCACACCGUCAUCAGUCACAAAGCUCAACACCCCACUUUCCGCUUCCACCGCCUGCGCCAAUGAUGCCGCCAGAUCUACAUGCAUCCCAUGCGCCCCCAGUGCCGGCAAUGAAAAAGGAUUGUUCCAAGUGCAUUCAAAUUAAAUGUUACUACGAAUCGGUGGGUUCUGGUGGAUCUUCACUGAAGCAUAAUGGUCCACCGAUGGCUGGUCCCUCGCACGCCAGUGUCAACAAUACCCAUCACAGCCAUCAUCCUCCGGCUCCUCCAGCACCGCCAAUGUCUUCGGCAUCGAGUGCGGUUUCCCAGCAGCAACGAAUGCAUCGUAACUCAAGUGGGAUGAUAUGCAGCUCGGCGAAAUGCAAUCAUUUCAUUGCCACUGGUCCGAAUGGUCCUGGUAUAAUUCAGCCAGCUCCACAUGACCUAUAUCGUAAAAUACCGCAUUGCUCUACAAGCUCUUCGCAACAGGCCCAACAACCUCACUGCAGUCGCGAUUUUCGGUACAUGAAGUUCCCAAAUGUUCCACCAAACCAUCAACACCACCAUCACAACCAUCAUCAUCAGCAACACCAUCAUCAUCAUCAUCACCAGCAGCAACAACUUCAAAACCAGCACCACGCAUCUACGGGAGCAGGAAUGAUCGUUCCUGUGGGGAUUCGUCAUCCUCCUCCUCCUGCAUGUCCAGUACCGGGCCCAUCGACAUCUCGAGCGCACGGCGCAGUCGUGCCUUCAGAUUCAUCGAUGUCCGCCACGAGCACACAGUCAUCGGUAACAGUGACGACGGUCUCCUCACACACCAUAUCCGGUAGCUCCAAUGCUGCUGGUUCAAUUGUAACCUCUGCUUCGACAUCUGCUUCGACAUCUGCUUCAACAUCGAAGUCUUCCUCCGCUGCUUCGUCUUCAUCAUUUCAAGCAAAGUGCAAUUGUCCAAUUCACAAGGAGGAUACAUUGCCACCACCACCACCACCACCGACCCAAAGCCACUCCAAAGCACCACCACCAUGUCAUCCACCGCAGGAUGCCAAUGUUGGACUACCGUCUAUGAGUACAUCGGUGUCAUGCUGCGUGAAGCCCAUGUGUUGCUCUUUGGCAAUGGCUCAGCAUCAUUCCCAACAUAAACCGCAACCCCCAUUACCUGGACCAUCCUACGUUCCGUCUACGGGAAUGUCAUCGACGUGUGGCGGAUGUGCAAUGCAUGCCAGUGGACCACAAUCCGCUAUAUAUAACAAUGCAAUGUAUGGUAUGCCCGGACCUUCCUCUUCGUCGUCUGUUUCAUCCGGACACGGUCAUCAUGCACAACCGAUGGCUUCAAGUUCGAUGACGAAAUCCUUUGAUCGAUCAAUCAUGGGUUCGUUCAGUGGUACCGAUUGCGAUAUGAUGUCCGUUCAGCAUCAUCAACAUAAGGACGAUUGUCCUAUGGCGCUUGGAAAGCAUAAAAAUGCCAUACCCGCUGCUGGUGGAGCAGGUGGUACCGGUUCAGGAAGUCAUAGUAGCUGUACCAACAGCUCUGUUAAUGCUUCACCGGCUGGUCCGAGCCGAUCAAGUGCUUCGGGCGGAUCUUCAAGUUCCACGAUAACAUCAUCUGCUUUACUGGAGCCGAUAAAAGUGAACCGUAAGCCAAACUGUCUUUCGAAAUGCAUCGAUUGCAGCGUGGGAUGUGAGGUAGAGUUUCCGCUUGACGCCAUUGCGUGCAUUUUCGAUUGUCUGACGGAGGCAUCUCUAAUACCGGAGGCGGGUACUGUCCAGAUGAAUGAAAUGAGCCGCAUGGCGUAUGAUGCCGGUAACGGUGGUGUAGCCGGUGGUCCCGGUGGCAAUGGUGCUGGAACUGCUGCACCGGAGGAUGUUAACAUCAUCGCUCCGAAGUAUCGGCACCUUCCUAUAGCGGAUUCAGCCGACAGACACGAGACAUAUUUAACACUCGCAUUUGAAGCGGCCAUUUUGGCGUUAAGUAAGCAACGUAUUAUGCCACACGGACUGUAUGCGCAGCAUGUGAUCUGUAAGCAGCAGGAUCAGCUGAUACAGCGCCUACGAAGCAUCGAUCUGGAUUCAGUGUUAGUAGGCAUACUGCGAAAACUUAGCGUACAACUGCUAGAUGGUGGUCCCACGAGUGGUUUGGGCGAGAUGAUACAUCCCGAGUCGGUGCCGAUGCACACGUUGGCCCGCUUUCUGUUUGCCUCGUUGCUGAAUCAACAUUCAGAAUUGGCGUUCGAGAUAGGACUGCGCGCAAUGCGCUUCCCAAUACUGGAGAAUAUCAACGAAGGUGCUUCUGUGAACGGUAUAGAGCUACAGCAUAACAACUUUAUGCAUUCACCGUAUCCGCGUUGGUGGACCCUGGGACACUUGGAGACGCAACAGUGUUCGCUCAGUUCAACGAUGCUGAGUGCGGCUAAGGGUGAUACGAAGCGUCUAUCUGCUGUGCUACAGAAUGCCCGACGAAACAUACACAGUUCGUCCCAUCUGUUUAAACUCGCUCAAGAUGCGUUCCGCUUUGCUACACCAGAAAACGGUCCACGCAGUCAAACUCUGCUCGGUGUGGCAUUUGAAUUGGGCCUUCAGGUAAUGCGCAUGACACUCACGUGCCUAAAUUGGCGCCGCCGUGAAAUGGUUCGGUGGUUGGUAACCUGUGCGUCGCAUGUCGGCAUUGACGCGCUAAUGUCCAUCAUGCAAAAUUGGUUUCACCUAUUUACGCCAACGGAAGCAACGGGGCCAGUUGCAACAACUAUCAUGUCACAUUCGACGAUCAUGAGACUGAAUCUUAGCUUCCGCCAGCAGGACGAUUUGUCUAACUGUGCCCGUACGUUGGCACUACAGUGUGCCACAAAAGAUCCACCGAACUGUGCCCUCAAUGCGCUAACGUUAUGCGAGAACGACGCAAUAGCCUUCGAAACAGCAUAUCAUAUAGUAAUAGAUGCAGCGACUCACAUCAUGACCUCUAGUCAACUGUUCACUAUUGCACGAUAUAUGGAACACCGGGGAUAUCCAGCACGCGCAUACAAUUUGGCUAUGCUAGCCAUGAAAAACGUUCAACUAGCAUAUAAUCAAGACACGCAUCCCGCUAUCAACGAUAUACACUGGGCGUGCGCAUUAUCUCAUUCGCUUGGCAAGACAGAACUAUCGAAGAUGAUACCGCUAGUGAUAAAGAACGUGCAAUGUGCAACAGUGCUAUCGGAUAUACUGAGACGCUGUAGCGUUCCCACACCUGGGUUGCACAAUUUUGGCGCACACGGAGCUAGAGGUAAUAAUUUGAGACAAUGCAUCAAGUUAAGCUAUGAUCGUGAGCCGUUAAAUCAGUUACUGGAAGCAGCCGUUUCGGCAUAUGUCAAUACUACGCAUUCAAGAUUAUCCCACAUCUCACCGCGCCAUUAUAGUGAUUUCAUUGACUUCCUCAGCAAAGCGCGCGACACAUUUAUGCUAGCGCGCGAUGGACCGGCCCAUUUUUCGCGGCUAAUCGAAAACAUUACAAUAGCCUACAAGGGCAAGAAAAAGCUGGUUCGGCAAGUUCGACAACGCUUUCAGUUUGUCUAAAACGAAACAAACAAAUACCGAGCGUGCGUUGACACCACGCAAACAAAUGCGCCAUCAUCAUUUUGGUUCGUUUUCGGCAACUUUCAAUAUCAAGUGAUUAAUAUUCUAUUAGCUAGGGUAAUGAAUUACGAUGCAUCUUUUGUUGCAUCUUGCGCUUCGUUUUGCGUUAGCAUUCUUUAGUAAUACCAUAAUUUCCAUUUUGCAAUGUGAGCAAGGUCGAUCCACCGUACCGUUGUGUUGGAUUUAAAGUAGAUUUCGUGUGUAAACCAAUCUUCCUGCCCCACAUAUUACCUAACUAGUUCCCGAUGUUAGUAGGCGAUAAGACUAGACAAUGAGACAAUGAUUAUAGCAGUAUUAUAAUGUUAAAUGAUUAUCUUUUUUUUUUGCUUUGCUCUUCUACAGCUCCUCGUAUAUUGUUCUUUAUGUUUUGUAAUCUUGUGCUUAUUGUGCUUUCGUGUUGGUUUAUUUUGUUAUGUAAAUGUUAGCUUUUCUUCCAAAAUCGUUUUGUUCCACACAAAACGUAUGCUUUUACUUUGUCAGUUUUUCACAUUAUGUACGUUGUUUAUUUGUAUAGUGGCUUUGAGCUUUUGGCUCCAUUAUGUUUCCUGUUUCUCUCUCGUUGUAUGCUCUCUUUUUAUUUCAUCUGGGUUUCUGACUAUGUCUUCUUCUGGUCAUGCUCUGCAUUUCAUUAGCUCACUAUCGGGUUGCAUAGGUCCAUGCACGCCGACACCGAAAGGCUAUCUUUAUGGUAUAAACCAUUACUUUUCGUCCGAAUUUUGUCACACAAUGAUUUAUACGCACAAAUUGAACUCUUUUCGGAAUCGAUCUCAACUUAUUGCAUAAAACGCCACAGUUUAAGCAAUGUUCCCCAGUGUCCGAUCGCCGUUGGUAAGACCCGUUCUUGAUUGCCGAUUGGUUAAAAUGUGUAUAAAAAUUUUAAUGCACGGGCUUUAUAGCUUGUUUAAUGAAGAAGCUACAAUUUUCCCAAACUACAGAUACAAAGAAAUAGAUAAUUAUUCUACCACCAUUCGCGAAUCUUUGUGAAUCGAGUGAAUGAAACAAUAUAUAUAUAUAUGCCAAUUCGAUAGGAAAUAAUAAUAGAAAGAGCGAACAGUUGAAUAGCAACUAGUGAACCGAAACAGGAUUGCCAAAAAACCAAAUAAACAAUAAGGCGCAAAUAAUAGCGCAACAAGAAGCAGUCGGCUGGUUGUGUUGCAACUGAAAUGUGCCAGUUGCCUACAUUAAUCCACACUUCAAAUUAAUCACAUCCUUUAAAAGUCCCAAUAGGAAAGUGUAAUAAAAACGGGAAGACAUCAGUUAGGACAGUUAGACACAGACAAAACAAAACUAACACAUACAUAUGUUUAGCGAACCGAUAAGAGGUACGCAAGUUAGACGAUUAAUCCCAAAUAUAUCGCAUUUAUGUUUACGUGCCACAAAGAAAACAAUCCCAGUAAAACAAUAUUGUGUAUAGGACGGCUUUGAAUGAUUUUGUAUAAAAGGAAAGAGCGAGAUGAUAUUUGAGCACGGGAAUGAAUGGAAAGACAAGGAUUCAGAGAGAUUAAUGCAGUGAGAUUUUGUUAUAAAAUUAGUAAUGAACGUUAAAUGUAUGCAGGGUGCUGUUUUUUGAUAUUUUUUUCGUUGGCCCUUUGUACUUGGUAUUGGUUUGUAGUUUUCUAUUGUUUUUAGUGUAUGCGUUUCACUGGUGUGAAAUUAAUAUUAUGAUUUUGUAUCUACCUCCUAGUGAUAUAGAAGCAUUUGUAACAAAUCUUAUUAAAAACUAAAUCCGUUCCGUAGUCAAACAAAAAGAGAAAACAAUUAUAGCAUAUAAGCAUAAGGCUCCCGGCAAAGAAUCAUUAUAAGCAAAACCCUUUACGCGAAAACAUAUGCAGUGUCAUUCGAUUAGCUUAAAAUUAUUAAUUCAUUUAAAACAAGCAUAAGAAAGGCUAUAAAAUGAGGCAACGGUUUUCAAACCAGAGCCAUUUGCAAAAGUCUAUGAUAAAGAAAUAAUUCAAACCACGACCUUUUAUAUUCCUUUUUUUCGUGCAAAAUGUAUUGUUUAAGCAACAACAUUGUAUACUAAACAUGUUUUUUAUCAGUAUUACGCAAAGACGCAACUAGUAUAGAUAGACAAUAGAAGAAUUGGCUUAUCAGUUAACACAAACCGCAGGCAAAGUUAUUUAAACUUGUUAAUACGAAAGCAGAAAGCAGUGGCGGUGUAAUAGAUUACAAACAUUUGCAAACGCGGCUGCAAUCAAGAAAGACUAAAGCAACAUUCUAUACACACACACAUCGCAAUACUUGCGAAAAGUUUUGCUUCUAACUCUAAUUUUAAUGCAUCGUUUGCUGCUGCUGCGUAGCGCGUUUCGCCAGAAUUCGGCGUAAACCGAGUUCUGCAAAGGGUGGUGUGUGUGAUGAUGGUGAAUAUCGUUUCCUGCUUUCCACAACAACGUGGUCUAAAAAAGUAACUAACUAACAAAUAGCAAUGAUGGUAAUAAUCACGCAGUAAUAUAAUGAUAAUAUGAUAACGAUAAAUACAUCAGUAAAAGCUUGAACUUGGCUUAACUAAGGCUAAGAAAUUUGAUCCUAACGUAGAACAUAAUGAUAAGGCCGCGCCGUGUGUUUUUGUGGUACAGCGAAAGUGUGCGAAAGUCAAACCGCAACUAUGAGGUCUCUUCCCUGUUCCCAACCAGACAGAAAGACAACCCAACAAACCGUAAAAUACGCCAAUACAGAGCAGCGGUCAACAACUAAAAAGCUAGACGAUAGAUGCGGGAAGAAGUUUGUGGCUUAAAUGUUGAGAGUGUAAGAAAAUCUCAGGACUGGUAAAACAUACUUGAAUUAACAAAUUAGGAAACUUAUGGAAAACUAGUAGAAUAUGUAUCGUGGCUGCAUAAUAGAAAAUAUUCAAAAGCUUGUGUGUUCUGGCGCGUGUUACGAAACAGAGAAGACUGCACGGCGAACACCUAUACAGCCAAAUAAGUCAAACAAACAGGAAUAAAUAAAUGAUUAAAAUAA